AUGACUGUGUUCGGCAAAGCAGUGCACUUCUCGUUCGAUCUGUUGCUGGUCUCAGCAUGCUUGGCAGGCAUCAAGAGGAACACUGGUCUCACACCCAAGGUAGACACUAUAGAGAACACGAGUUUGAGAGAGUACACUCGCAAGUAUCUUAAUCUGGGGGAGUCAAUCUACGAUUACAGCGUUGCGACGUGUGGCUCUUCGUCAUACUUUGUAAGAAAAUGA